UACAGGCUAGAUCAAAUGACAAAUAGCAGUGAAGUUCAACCCAUAACCUUGACUCCCUGUCCCAGGUCAAACAAGGCCCUGGCUGACUCUCUGGACCGGGCCGUGGACCCCCGGGACCCGCUGGUGAACCGGCUGCUGAGGGUGAUGGCUACCAUGGCCAUGUCUAAUGCCCUCUACUUCUCUACCGGAGCCUGCCCUGUCGACCAGUACUAUCACUAUGGUCUGGCUCUGGACCGAUACACCCACUUCACCUCUCCCAUCCGUCGCUAUGCCGACAUGAUCGUCCACCGCCUGCUCACCGCAGCCAUCGCCACGGAGAAGGGGGCGGGGGCGGGGCCAGCCAAGGCCUUAGCCAGUAACAAAGAGUUGGAGGAGGUGGCUCAGCAAAUCAACAACAAGAACAGGGCAGCACAGCAUGCCCAGAAGGUGUCCACAGAGCUAUUCCAGUGCCUCUACUUCAGAGACAAAGACCCAGAGACAGAUGAUCGCUGUGUGGCCGACGCGGUCAUCUACACCAUCAGAGCCAACGGCAUGCUGGUCUUCAUACCACAGUAUGGCCUGAAGGGGGCAGUGUACCUGAAGAACAGAGAGGGCCAGGUGGUGAGUGAGAGACAAGAUGGAGGAUGUGACUGGCAGACUGGUUCUCUACAGAGAUACCUGGACCACAUCACUACCACUACUGCUGUUGGCACCUCAACCUUCAACCUGUUCCAACACAUCACCGUGCGUAUCUCAGUACAACCAUCACGUUGUCACUCAGACACAAUACGUCUGGAAGUGGUCAGCAACAGGCCCCACCAGGCCCCCGAGACUCAGGUCCAGACCUCCCAGCCCCAGGGGGCUAGGGGCCGGUCCCAGCUGAUCCAGGAGGUGGUUCGGCAGGCAGAGGAGGCCUCUCAGCAGGCGGAGGAGAAGAGGGGCCGGGCCUCCAAACUGUCCACGGAGGAGAGAGAGUUCAGACAGAGUAAAUGUCCCAACCUCUACUCUCUCCUGGAGGAGGUCAGGGAGCUGGCCUUGCUGGACCUUGCUGCCUGUGGAGCAGGAGGCGGGGGUCUGGUAGCAGGAGGCGGGGGUCUGGGAGCAGGAGGCGGGGGUCUGGGAGCAGGAGGCGGGGGCCUGGGAGCAGGAGGCGGGGGGCUGGGAGCAGGAGGCGGG